AAGAUUUUCCGACAUAAAUAAAUUAUUAAAAAUUAUUAUUACAAGUUUUUAUGUAAAGAAUACUUAUCGACACUGUUGUAAUACUAACGAGGACGCUUCUUCUUGAGAGCGCGUGGCGUUCUAUGAUUCUAUCGAAGACUUCAGUGGUCAACAGUCGGUGUGCGUGUGGACGUUCUCUCCUUUCUCUCUUUAUCUUCAUUAUUUAUGUUCUUGGAUAGCCACUUGACUUGAGCUGCGACCUUCACAGAGGAGAAAGUGAAGAACCCAUCUCUCUCUCUCUCUCUCUCUCUCACGUACAGUCUACAUACCGACAGACACCAUGUCUGCAGCGACCUCCAAAGACGCUCCUAGUCCAAGCAGUUCAAAGGUGCACAUUCUGGUCUUUCCUUACCCAGCUCAAGGCCACAUGCUCGCACUCCUUGAUCUCACCCACCAACUCUCCCUCCGUGGACUUUCCAUCACCAUUUUGGUCACCCCUAAGAACCUCCCUACCCUCGCCCCUCUCCUCUCCGCCCAUCCCUCCAUUCAUACCUUAAUUCUCCCCUUCCCUCCCCACCCUAAACUACCCCCAGGCGUCGAGAACGUCAGGGACAUCGGAAACGCCGGUAACUUACACAUCAUCGGCGCCUUGGGCAUGCUUUACGACCCGCUUCUCCGCUGGUUCCAGUCCCACCCUUCUCCCCCCGUCGCCAUCCUCUCCGACUUCUUCCUCGGCUGGACCCUCCGCCUCGCUCAGCAGCUGCGCAUCCCCAGGAUCGCUUUCUACUCGACCUGUUCCUUUUUGGCCUCCGUCGUUGACUACUGUUGGCGCAACGUACGAACCGUUCCUUCUCUAUCGAUUGUUCACUUUCCCGAUCUUCCCCGGUCUCCGUCCUUCAAGCAGGAGCAUCUGCCCUCAGUGUUCCGCUUCUACAGAGAAUCCAACCCCGAGACGGAGUUCCUGAAGGAUGGCAUGCUCGCAAAUACCUCGAGUUGGGGUUGCAUCUUCAACAGCUUCGAAGAUUUAGAAGGCCAGCACCUGGAUCACCUCAGGACCGUCAUGGGGCACCCGCGCGUCUUCGGUGUUGGCCCUUUGAACUUAAGGGGAGUCAACGACAGAGCUGAUCCGGGCAACCCGAACCCAGAUUCAGAUACCCAUACGCUCACGUGGCUUGAUGGGUGCCCCGACGGAUCCGUUCUUUACGUCUGCUUUGGGAGCCAGAAGCUGCUGAAUAAACAGCAGAUGGAGGCCUUGGCUUCGGGGCUCGAAAAGAGCGGGACCCGAUUCGUCUGGGUAGUGAAAGCGGGCACGAUAGAACAGGAGGCGGACGGGUACGGCGUCGUUCCGGAUGGAUUCGAGAAAGGCGUGGCGGGAAGGGGUUUGAUAAUAAAGGGAUGGGCAGCGCAGGUAAAGAUACUGAGUCACAGAGCAGUGGGAGGGUUUCUGAGUCACUGCGGGUGGAACUCGGUGCUGGAAGCGAUAGUUGGGGGGGCGAUGAUCCUGGGAUGGCCGAUGGAGGCGGACCAGUACGUGAACGCGAGGAUGCUGGUGGAGGACAUGGGCGUGGCGGUGAGGGUAUGCGAGGGAGUGGACUCGGUGCCUGACCCGGCGGAGUUGGGAAGGGUGAUUGCGGAGGCAAUGAGCAGGGAUAGCACUGAAAAGGCAAGGGCUAGGGUGCUGAGGGAGAAGGCGUUUAAAGCAGUGGGGGAUGGAGGGAGCUCUUCCAGGGAUUUCGAUCGUCUUGUCAAAGAGUUAAGCCAGCUGUAGCAUUUUCCUACAAUAUAUAUUUAGCUGUGUCAUCCACAGAAAUAAUCAUUUCUGCGACCUAUUAUCUUCGUCAGUUCUUCUACUUACAAGCGGCUGGAUGAGUCGUUGCGCAAUCGGAUGAUGUGGUGUGGGACCACGUCAGCCGAUAUAUAAGAAAAAAACAAAAGAAAAGAAACAGUAGUCGAGAAAGACAGAUCAAAACACCCAAAGCCUAGCGUCUUCGUCUGUGUUUGAAGAACUGCAGAUCUCCUUUUUGCCUCGUCUUCGUCUUCGUGUGGGAGUGGUGCCAUCUACUUUGUUUCUUCGUCGGUCUUCGUGUGGGAGUAAGUUGAAGGAGAAGGUCUUCGUCUGGUCUUCGUCACCGUGGGUCUUCGUGUGGGUCUUUGUCUUCGUGGGUAAGUAUUAAGGCAAGCGUUCUACUACAUCCACCAGAGGCUGCAAGCGUUCCACUAUAUCCACCAGCUGGCUGAAAUAUUUCUCUGCAGGAAUGCAUCACGCACAAGAGGAUAAAUGGGUCUGCAAUAACCAAAUGUACCAUUUUGUCCUAUUCUGAUGUACUGAGUCUGACAAUGCCUUUGAAUUCCAUUAUGUGUAUAAAUAGCAGUGAACAGAGCCUACAAUAUGUAUGGGAAUUACUUACGUAAUGAAAAGCAGAGUUUUCUUUUCAA